AUGGACAAAGCCCCCAAAUCUGCCGAAGAGGAGAUCGAUCGUCUCCGCUGGCAAGCGGACGAUGAGGAGACAGGCAAUCAUGCCAGGAACACUCGCCCGGCACUGACCCGCACUGUAUCAUCUGCGUCCAACAGCUCGCAUGUCUCAGUCCACAGCCAUCACCGGAGAACUAUCGUUGACCCUUCCGUCUCCUUGCCGAUUCAUUAUCGAACAGUCUCCUUUGAUAUCGAAGAAGCCAAAGAGCGCGAGGAGAGAGAAAAGGCAACCGCUCAAAGUGGUGUCGCAGCUGAUCUAUCCAAUCUUGACUGGCACACAAUCUCGGUCGAGGAGUUACAGAAGCGAUGGCAAGUGGACAUCUCGCAAGGUCUUUCCCCUGAACAAGUCCAGAAACGGGUCCGCGAGUAUGGCAAAAACGCCCUGUCGCCUCUGCCGCACCAAUGGUUCUGGCAGGUGUUUGGAUAUUUUUUCAAAGGGUUUGGUGCCAUCUUGCUGGUUGGGUGUAUCCUGGUGUUUGUUUCCUGGAAGCCCCUGGGCCAACCGCCAGCGCUCGCCAACCUCGCCCUGGCUAUUGUGCUCCUCGCUGUUUUUUUCAUUCAAGCGGCUUUCAAUGCAUGGCAGGACUGGUCAUCAUCCCGAGUCAUGGCAUCCAUCACUGCUAUGCUUCCCGAAAGCUGUCUCGUCAUGCGCGGUGGCUCCCUGGCAGUAGUGUCGGCUCCAGACAUUGUGCCAGGUGACGUGGUGCACCUCAAGGCAGGAAACAAAUUGCCGGCGGAUGUCCGUUUUGUAGAAGUUUCCAACGAUGCGGGAUUCGAUCGAUCGAUUCUGACUGGCGAAUCGCUUCCCAUCAAUGGUACGGUGGAUUCAACAGACGUCAACUAUCUGGAGACCCAUAGCAUUGGCCUCCAGGGUACACAUUGUGUCUCUGGCAGUGUGAUAGGCGUGGUUGUCUCUACAGGUGACUCGACCGUCUUUGGGCGUAUCGCGAAGCUCACCAGCGAGCCCAAAACCGGCCUAACUCCGCUGGAGAAGGAGAUUCUGCGCUUCGUCACUUUGAUUGUAGUCAUCAUGCUGGUCAUGAUCAUCGUCAUCAUUAUUGUGUGGGCCACUUGGUUACGAAAGGACCAUCCCGACUGGAUCAACGUCCCAACCUUGAUCGUGGACUGUGUCAGCGUUGCCAUUGCGUUUAUUCCAGAAGGUCUACCGAUCGCUCUGACUGCCAACUUGACUAUUACGGCGAAUCUCAUGAGCAAGCACAAGAUUCUCUGCAAAUCGCUCAAGACGGUGGAAACGUUGGGAUCGGUCUCGGUGAUUUGUUCGGACAAGACUGGCACUUUGACGAAGAAUAGGAUGUUUGUCACCGACUGUGCGGUGUCCAGCGCCACCUAUACGCCCGAUUCCGCCAGAGACGAGAUGGUUUUAAAAGGGAAAAACUCUGCCAUACACCAACUUCGGUCUGUUGCCGGUUUGUGCAAUGCAGCCGAAUUUGAUGCUGCCACCAUGCAGCUCCCGAUCCACGAGAGGAAGGUCAUUGGCGAUGCGACCGACCAAGCGAUUCUACGGUUCUCUGAGGGACUCGGUCUCGUCUCGGAGCUUCGUAGUCUCUGGAAGAAAACAUUCGAACUGGCAUUUAACAGCAAGAACAAAUUCAUGAUCCGAACAUUCAGCUUGGUUGAUGCUACCGGUCUCAACCUCGCAAUGUCGCCAGCCGAGGCAGCGCAGUUCCAGCGGGAUGAUACACUACUGAUGAUCAAAGGCGCUCCGGAUAUUCUGAUCGACAGAUGCACUCAUAUUGUGGGUAUUGACGGCAACGUGCAGCAGCUGGACCAGCACGCAUUGAACCAAUUGAAGCAAGUCAAGGACCAGUGGUCCACCGAGGGCAAGAGAGUCAUUCUCCUGGCCCGAAAGGUCUUCUCGGCGGGGCAAAUUCAUAGCUUACCUUUCUCUCACGAGUUCGAAGCAGAGGUGAUGAACCAUGCCAAAACUGGUCUCGUCCUCGUCGGUAUGGCCGGCAUUGUUGAUCCUCCAAGAGAUGAGAUUCCCGAAGUAGUUCAAACCCUACGACGGGCCGGCAUAAAGAUUUUCAUGGUAACUGGCGAUUUUGGCCUCACAGCGGUUGCCAUUGCACGGCAAUGUGGUAUCGUGAGCACAGACGGCCCGGUUGACGACAUCCAGUCUCUCAAAAGAUUCCCUCCCGUCAAUGAUAACUUCAGCGAAAAGGUUCGCUCAUCUGCCAUUAGUCUGAGUGGUAGUGAACUCAUUGCCCUGAACGAACAUCAAUGGGAGCAGCUCUGCCAAUACCAGGAGAUCGUGUUUUGGCGAACCACCCCGGAGCAGAAACUUCGAAUUGUUCGCGAGUUUCAGGCGCGUGACGAGAUUGUGGGAAUGACCGGUGAUGGUGUGAAUGACGCCCCAUCCCUCAAGGCUGCAGAUAUUGGCAUUGCUCUGGGAAGCGGAUCGGACAUUGCAAUCGAGGCAUCCGACAUGGUCCUUCUGGACUCCUUUUCGGCCAUUGUCGCAGCGGUGCAGUACGGACGAGUAGUCUUCGACAACCUGAAGAAGACGAUUAUCUAUCUUCUACCAGCUGGGUCCUGGUCCGAAUUCUGGCCGGUGUUGACCAGUGUAGUGUUUGGUCUUCCUCAGGUCCUGUCCUCGUUUCUGAUGAUCAUCAUCUGCUGCUUCACUGACUGCGCUGCCGCGACCGUCCUGGCAUACGAGGCUCCAGAAGCCGAUGUGCUUCUGCGCCCUCCCAGAAAGCCCAAGCAAGAACGGCUGGUGAACUGGAAACUGAUAUUCCAAGCGUAUGGUGUCAUUGGCAUGCUCGAAACCGUGGUUUCGUUUGCCAUGGCUUACUGGUAUCUGGAGCGAAAUGGUAUCCCUUUCUCAGCCUUGUGGUUCAAGUUUGGCGAGGUGCCUGCCGAUAUUGAUCCCGACUGGUAUGCUGCACGCCUGAAUGAGGCCAGCUCGGUAUACUUCAUCAACCUCGUGGUAAUGCAAUGGUUCAAUCUGAUGGCCAUUCGGACCCGUCGGCUGUCCAUCUUCUCGCAUCCGCCGGCCUUCAACAAAAACACCCAGAACCUGUUACUUUUCCCAGCCAUCCUGUUCGCUCUGGUUAUGGCAGUUUUCUGGCUGUAUAUUCCGCCAUUGCAAAAUGUGCUUGAUACCACGAGUGUGCCUGUGGAGCAUUAUUUCCUCCCCGCUGCGUUUGGUCUGGGAAUCCUGGGUCUGGAUGAGCUGCGCAAAGCCGGAGUGAGGAGAUGGCCUCAAGGCAUUUUGGCCAAGAUGGCUUGGUAG